CUGGCUGCUUUCCGAGUCGAGAAUUUCCAGAUACAAGUCCUGGCAGAACAAAAUAUUGCCAAGAUAUUGGGGAGCGGGCGGUGAACGGCCAGACCUCCGGGCGCCGACCUCCGCGAUCGCGACUUGCGACAGCGUCACCCAGCGUGAGGCCUCCACCUUUGCGUUAUCUCGACCAGUAUACCACCUCAAGUCGCUCUCUAUAUCUACCUGUCGCCAUGUCUAGCGAACGCGUCUUCCGUCUCCCUUUCAAGAAGCCGCAAUGGAUGAACAGCGCGACUACCCGCACAGCUGGCGUCUACUUUGCCGGAGCCUUGUUUGCCAUCGCCCUCUUUGUCUUCAUUGAUGCCGCCGUCUACUCCAAAUCUUCGCUCAAUGGCUCCGACGUACACAUGACAUUCAUCGACUGGAUCCCCGUCAUCUUCAGUGCCCUCGGCAUGCUCAUUGUCAACUCGAUCGACAAGACCCGCCUCUCUGCUGAUAACUUCAGCUACAGUGGUGAUGGUAUCGCUUGGAAGGCUCGUGUUGUCUUGUUCAUGGGCUUUGCUGCUAUGGCCGGUGGUCUUGCUGGUGGUGUCACCGUCAUGGUCCUCAAGUACAUUGUGCCACAAUACUCUUUCCCUACCCUCUGGUUCGGCGUCGCCAAUGUCAUCGCCAACACUCUGGUCUCGCUCAGCUCGGUUGUCCUUUGGGUCUCGCAGAACAUGGAGGACGACUACACCUACAACCUACAGUUGUAGUAGGCUGUAUGCAUCUGGGUAGUUUGUCUAGUACUUGGAUACUCUUGAAUAUUAUCAUCACAUGCCCCUUCUCAUACUUUUGUGCGUUGCCUUUUGGCAGGCGCGUUAUAUCCCAUCGGAUUGGUACACAUGAAGACCAUCGCUACGCAUCUAGUUGAAAUUCACACGUCCUUGAUCUUCUCAAGCC